AUGUUGCGUACGACUCAGCUGGUUCUGCGACCGCGCGUGGCGGUGCGUCGGGGUGCGGCGCUUGCCACGGCUGCGCUUGCAUCUGCGCGGAUGGUGCCGGUUGUACGACAGCUGCACGUGCGUCGCGAGCCCAUUGCUCCCUCGAUCACGGUGCGUCGGGCCUCAACGGUGGCAUCCCCCCCGACGGGUCUUAAGCCUCUGCCAGCCAAGAUCCUCAUCGCGAACCGUGGCGAGAUCGCGUGUCGGAUCAUGCGCACCUGUCGUCGACUGGGCAUCUCCACCGUCGCGGUGUUCUCGGAAGCCGAUGCCAAGGCGCAGCACGUAAGGCUGGCGGACGAGGCUUACUGUAUCGGCCCGGCGGCGUCGGCCGAAUCGUACCUGCGCCAGGAUAAGAUCCUCGCCGUAGCGCAGCGCACGGGCGCGACCAUGAUCCACCCGGGCUACGGCUUUCUCUCUGAAAACGCCGCUUUCGCAGCCCUUCUCGAACAGAGCAACGUCACCUUCAUGGGUCCUCCGGCGAGUGCUAUCGACGCUAUGGGAUCCAAGAGCGCAAGCAAGGAGAUCAUGCUCGCCGCCGGCGUCCCCUGCGUACCUGGCUACCACGGCUCCAAUCAAGACCCGACGUUCCUGGCGCAAGAGGCCGAAAAGAUCGGAUACCCCGUCCUCAUCAAGGCCGUCAAGGGUGGUGGCGGUAAAGGCAUGAAGAUCGCCGACACCCCGGCCGAGUUUGGGGACGCACUGGAGUCGGCCCAGCGAGAGGCGGCCAAGUCGUUUGGCGAUCCGACGGUGCUGAUUGAAAAGUACCUCACUGCACCGAGGCAUGUAGAGGUGCAGGUGUUUGCCGACAAGCACGGCAAUGCGGUGUACAUUUCGGAGCGCGACUGCUCGGUUCAACGUCGACACCAAAAGAUCAUCGAGGAAGCGCCAGCCCCGCAUCUCGCCGAGGAGCUUCGUCGUGAACUCGGCGAAAAGGCUGUUGCGGCGGCAAAGGCGGUAGGCUAUGUGGGCGCCGGAACGGUCGAGUUCAUCUUGGACGCCAAGAGGCCCGAGAACUUUUACUUUAUGGAGAUGAACACGCGGCUGCAGGUGGAGCACCCGGUCACCGAGAUGGUCUCGGGCCUCGACCUGGUCGAGUGGCAGCUCGAGGUGGCAGCAGGCAACAGACUUCCGCUGCUGCAGGAGGAGCUCAAGAUCGAGGGCCAUGCGUUCGAAGCGCGCAUCUACGCCGAAAAUACAGAUGCCAACUUCCUCCCCGACACCGGUCGAUUGGUCCACGUCGCGCUGCCGUCCACCUCGACACUCACGCACUCCAACACCGCGCUUGCACCCCGAAGCGGUGGGGUUGUGGGUUCAGAGGGCCAGGCCGAGGCGGUGGUAAGGGUGGAUACCGGUUUUGUCAGUGGCGACGAGAUCUCGGUGCACUACGACCCCAUGAUCGCCAAGCUCAUCGUCAAGGGUCGUGACCGCACCGAGGCACUACGCAUCAUGGCCAACGCGCUCAACCAGUACCAAGUGGUGGGACCGUCGACGAACAUUCAGUUUCUCAAGAACCUCGUGCGCCACCCCAAGUUCAUCGAGGGCCAAGUGGAGACGGGCUUCAUCGCCAAGCACGGCGAGACGGGCCUGUUUGGCGACCCGUACACGUCCGAGGUGCAGCUGCAGGAGGCGGUGGCCCAGGGCGCAAUUUGGCUCUACCAGCGCGAUGCCGCCGCUGCCCUGAGGGGGGGUGAGGCGGCAGAGGGUAAGGCGAGUAUCUGGACCAACCCCGCGUUUCGUCCUGCCCAAACCCGCCGCUUCGAGCUCCAGCACAAAACACUCGGCCCCCUGCGUGUGUCGGUGACUCCAGUCGACGAUGCUUUUGACGUCAAAGUCGAGGCCAAGCAGGCAACGGAGGAGUUCAAGGGGUUGAGGACCACGGGUGUUACGACCGUGGAGGCGACCAGGACGGGCUUGACCACGUUUAUGCCCACGGGCGUGGUGACGUCGUUCAGCAUCGUAGCUCCCGGUUGGUUUGCAAAGAUCUCGGAAGCGGCUGCAGGGCCCGUGGGCGAUGCACUCGCCAGUCCGAUGCCCAGCAAGAUCGUAGACUGCAAGGUCAAAGCGGGGCAGCAGGUCAAGAAGGGCGAGACGCUCGUGAUUCUCGAGGCCAUGAAGACCGAAAUCGCCCUCAAGGCGCCCAGGGAUGCAGUGAUCAAGAGCAUCAGUGGCAAGUGCAAGCCCGGCGCUCUCGUGCCCGAGGCUACUACACUCGUCACCUUCGAGUCCGAGUAA